AUGGUAGUAGUGGCAAGUGCCCAACAGUCUGUCGAAGUUUACACAAAGGGAACCAAGGCUUGGUUCCCGGACAAGAGAGAAGCCUGGGUUUCCACCACCUGCAUAUCCAACACUGUCGUGGCUGGCAAGGUCAGACUUGUCUUUCAAGGAGAAGAUGAAGAUGAAAAGAGGUGCGCAUUUCAGGAAUACGUCUUUGAGGCGACGUGGGCAGAUAUCGAAAAGACAGCCGGAUCAAAACUACCACCGCUUAGAAACCCGCCCAAGAUGGAGUCAACAGAUGAUUUGACAAAUCUGAGUUAUCUAAAUGAGCCUGCAGUAAUGAACACAAUCCGUACACGAUACUUACAGCAUCUGAUAUACACCUAUUCUGGAAUUGUGCUGAUUGCCAUGAAUCCUUUUGACCGUGUAUCCUUGUACGACCCUGACAUUGUCCAGCAAUACUCCGGCAGACGAAGAGGAGAGCUUGAACCCCAUUUGUUCGCUAUUGCCGAAGAUGCGUAUCGUUGCAUGAUUCGAGAACAAACAAACCAAACAAUCGUCGUUUCAGGAGAGAGGCAAGUGAUACGAAACUCGUCAAAAGGGGAACGAACAAAUGGUGCCGGAAAGACAGUCAGUGCAAAGUAUAUCAUGCGUUAUUUUGCCAUGGCCGAUGAUCAGGACUCCAAGGGAAAGAAGCUCAAAACCAGUGGAUCAAUGACAGAAGUCGAAGAGCAGAUAUUAGCUACCAAUCCUAUCAUGGAAGCCUUCGGUAACGCCAAGACCACUCGUAACGACAACAGUUCUCGUUUCGGAAAGUAUAUCGAGAUUCAGUUUGACACUGACGCAAAUAUUAUUGGAGCCAAGAUCAGAACCUACCUUUUGGAACGAUCCAGAUUGAUUUUCCAGCCAGAGAUAGAGAGAAACUACCAUAUAUUUUACCAGCUUUGUGUUGGUGCUCCUUCUUCAGAAAGAAAAGAGUUUGAGCUCGGUGACUACACUACCUUCCACUACCUCAAUCAAUCCGGCACAGGCACCGUGCCUGGGAUGGAUGACGCAGCAGAGUUUGAAAUCACCCAAAGAGCACUCUCUACCAUCGGCGUGUCUGUCAAAUUGCAAUGGAAGAUCUUCCGACUGUUGGCUGCACUCUUACAUCUUGGUAAUAUUGAGAUCGGAGGACGUUCGGAUGCUAUGGUUGCAGAGACAGACCCUGCGCUUUUGACAGCCACGCGUCUGUUGGGUAUCAAGACUGCUGAUUUCAGAAAGUGGAUCAUUCGCAAACAAAUCGUCACUCGGUCUGAGAAGAUCGUCACGAACCUAAACCCUGCCCAGGCCUCGGUCGUUAAAGAUUCGGUAGCCAAAUACAUCUAUGCAAAUCUGUUUGACUGGCUUGUCAGUGUUAUCAACGAGAGUCUGUCGUGUCCUGAUGAUGAAAAAGUGCGCAAUUUUAUUGGUGUCCUCGAUAUCUAUGGUUUUGAGCAUUUCAAAAAGAACUCUUUUGAACAGUUUUGUAUCAAUUAUGCCAACGAAAAACUUCAGCAACAGUUCAAUCAACACGUCUUCAAGCUGGAACAAGAAGAAUACAUCCAGGAAAAGAUCAAUUGGACAUUUAUUGAAUUCAGUGACAACCAAAAGUGUAUUGAACUUAUCGAAGGAAAACUUGGUAUUCUAUCCCUUUUGGAUGAGGAAUCGCGUCUUCCUUCGGGUACAGAUGUAGGCUUUGUUCAGAAGCUAUACUCCAACUUUGACAAUGUUGGCUUUAAAAAAGUCUUUAAGAAACCUCGUUUCUCAAACACUGCCUUUACCAUUGCUCACUAUGCCCACGAUGUUGAGUAUGAAGCCGAAAACUUCUUGGAUAAAAACAAGGAUACCGUUCCAGACGAGCAUCUUGCACUCUUGCAAUCCUCGGAAUUUGAUUAUCUUCAAGAGAUUAUGGAAAAGGCUGCUGCAAAUGCCCAGACCCACACACCAGAGAACAAUAAGCGUAUGAGUAUGACAUCCAGAAAACCGACACUGGGCUCUAUUUUCAAGCUUUCUCUCAUUAACCUAAUGGACACUAUUGGAAACACCAAUGUACAUUAUAUCCGAUGUAUCAAACCAAACGAGGCAAAGGUUGCGUGGGAAUUUGAGCCCAAUAUGGUCCUUGCUCAACUGCGAGCAUGUGGUGUGCUGGAAACAAUUCGUAUCAGUUGCGCCGGCUAUCCUACAAGAUGGUCUUACGAAGAAUUCGCUGAUCGCUACUAUGCUCUUGUGUCUUCAAAACAUUGGGAUCCCAAGUCACGACCUGACAUCAAUGAGCUGUGCUCCGUAAUCUUGGCAGCAUCAAUCAAGGAUACCGCAAUGUAUCAGGAGGGAAUUUCAAAAAUCUUUUUCCGUGCUGGUCAGCUUGCUUAUCUUGAGAAACUGCGUUCUGACAGGUUCAAUGAAUGUGCAGUAUUACUACAAAAGAAUAUCCGCAGAUUUGUGUAUCGCACACGUUAUGUCCGUAUGCAAGAGCUUACUGUGAAACUGCAAUGUAUUGCCCGAACCAAGGUUUCUGUCAAAAAGCUGCAGGCUCUCCGUGAAGAAAAAGCUGCAGUCAUUCUGCAAAAGAACUGGCGCAGAUAUGUGGAGCGCAAGAAGUAUCUUGCAAAACAACAGUUUAUUCUCAAACUUCAAGCAGCUGCUCGUGGAUACAAUGGACGCCGCCUCUUUGUAUUCUUGGAGAAGAGUCACGCUGCAGUUCAGAUUCAAAAGCUUAUCCGUGGAUGGUUUGCUCGCAAAAACUAUAAGAAGCAGCGUGAUAUGGUCAUCCACCUGCAGUCGUGCAUUCGUCAAAGAGUUGCUCGCAAAGCUUUGGUGGCCAUGGUAACAGAAGCUCGAUCGGUUGUGCACUUCAAGGAAGUGUCCUAUGCUCUUGAAAACAAGGUUGUAGAGCUGACUCAGACUCUGACUGCAGUAAGAGACGAAAAGAAGGCUGCCAUGGACCGUUCAGUCCAGCUGGAAGCCCAGAUCCGCAACUGGUCUGAUAGAUACGAAAAGAUGGAGAGAAGAGCCAAAGGAUUCGAAGAGAAGUUACAGGAACCGACUGUUCCUCAAGCUCAAUGGGAUACUCUUCUAUCUGAGAAAGAUGUACUUGCAGCAGACUACAAGAAAUCACUGGAUAAGAUAAAGACUCAAGACAAGGAACUCGCCCAGAUGCUGGAACAAAACAAUACCCAAAAAGAAACUAUCACAGAACUUCAGAAGGCAGUCGAAGAAGCUAACGAGCGGGCAAGCAAGCCUGCAGAUGAAGCCGAAGUUGCUGAGCUGAAGAGUCAAAUUGCUGCUCUCAAGACCCAACUUACACAAGUCCUCCAUGCUCCGCGCAAGCAACAGCAGUCUGCUGGUGGAGCCAGAGGUCUAUCCCCUGCUGGCACCAGAGGGCUUUCUCCUGCUCCCAAUGCUAUGCGAAAUCUAUCUCCCUCGCCAGCCAGAAUAUUGGAGACCGAAGCUCUCAAAGAGCCGCUUAACGAACGCAAUCUGUCGCCUGCAAGUAUACCUGUUAACCGAAGACCUCGUCGCAACAGCUCUGCAGAUGUUAUUCAAGCACGCCCAAAGACAUCUAUUGACAGUAUCAGAAAAACUGAAAAUCUCAAUAGUAGCAAGAGUCCCCGUCCUACUUCUGUUGAUCAACUUAGCACAAUUCUAGGCAAUAAAACCGUUACUGGUGCUAUUGAUGAAGAACCUGAGGAAGAGAUUCACGGUAUUCUUCGCGAUGAAGACAGUCUCCAAGAAGAAAUUCACGAGGGUCUUAUUAAAGCCUUGAAGAUGCCCCUCCCCAGUCUCCAGAACCCUCCUUCCCAAAAGGAAAUAUUCUUCCCUGCUCAUAUGAUCAGUAUGUGUGUUACAGAAAUGUGGCGCCUGAGAUAUGUUCAGGAGUCAGAACGUCUUAUGUUUACAGUUAUGGAUACUAUUCAAAAACAAUGCCUGAGCUUCACGGGUGAAGAAGCAGUUGUUCCUUGUGCGUUCUGGUUGACCAAUGUGCAUGAAUUACUAUCCCUUCUCUGCCAAACCCUCCAAGAGAUGGAACAGGAGAUGUUCCAGAACAAUUCCAACGGACGCCGCUCGACUGCUUGGCAGGACUUUGAGAAGCUUGUACGAUCAGUCAAGUAUGAGAUGCAAUGCCUUGAGGAUAAUAUUUUCCAUGCCUGGAUGAAGGAGCUCAAGAAACGUCUCAGCAAAAUGGUUGUCCCUGCUGUUAUUGAGGGACAGUCGCUUCCUGGUUUUAUUACCAGCGACUCUGGUCGAUUCUUUAACAAGCUUUUGACUGGUACCACACAGCCAACCUACAGCAUGGAUGAGCUCCUCAAUUUCUUGAAUAAGGUGUGGCGUACAAUGAAAUGUUAUUACAUCGAACCAUCCGUGUCCACUCAGGUUUUGACCGAACUGCUUAAAUUGAUUGGAGUCACUGCUUUUAAUGACCUGCUUAUGCGGAAGAACUUUUCUUCUUGGAAGAGAGCUAUGCAAAUACAAUAUAAUAUUACACGUAUUGAAGAAUGGUGUAAGAGCCACGAUAUUCCAGAGGGAACUCUUCAACUAGAGCACUUGAUGCAAACAACAAAGUUAUUACAGUUCAAAAAAGCUUCUUUGGAAGAUAUCGAGAACAUUUAUGAUGUUUGUUGGAUUCUUUCUCCUACACAAAUUCAAAAGCUUAUUUCUCAGUAUCAUGUUGCUGACUAUGAGAAUCCCAUCCGUCCAGAUAUACUCAAAGCUGUGGCAUCUCAUGUAGUUAGUGGUGAUAAGAGUGAUGUCCUUUUGUUGGACUCUGUUGCCAUUGAUGACACUACUAAUCCGUUUGAGAUUCCUGGCCCUCGUGAAACAAGGCCUCAGAAAUACUUGCCAGCAUGGCUAAACCUGAAACGUCUCCGACGACUUACCAUGAUCACCCAAACAACUCCCACCACAACUUUGCUGGAAGCCCAGAUGUAGGCUGUAGUUUAUAAAUACAGUACACCAAUUACGAUACCGAUUUUACCAUGUUUACAAAAAUAUUCCCCUCCCCCAUCCCAAUCCACCUUAUUUUCUCUGCUAUAUUUUGUAUAAAUAAUAUUAAUAUAUAUAUAUAUAUAUAACUC